CACUACCUGCCCAAUGCCUAGCAAUGAACGCAAUGAGAAUGACACGCUACGCAUUCUUAUAGCCACAGAUAACCAUGUUGGAUAUCAAGAGAAAGAUCCUAUACGAUCCGACGACUCCUUUGAGACAUUUGAAGAAAUCUUAAAGUUAGCCCAGGCGCAGCAAGUUGACAUGGUUCUUCUCGGUGGUGACCUAUUCCAUGACAACCGACCAUCAAGGAAAUGCCUACAUACUAUGAUGAAAUUACUUAGAAGAUACUGUAUGGGGGAUAAACCUUGCUCAAUCAACAUCGCCAGUGACCAGUCUGUUAACUUUCCAGACGAAUUUUCUUGCGCCAAUUAUCUCGAUCCAAACUACAAUGUUUCAAUGCCUAUCUUCUCUAUUCACGGCAACCAUGAUGACCCUUCUGGAGAUGGCAAUCUUUGCGCGUUAGAUCUACUUUCUGUUUCUGGUCUAGUCAAUUACUUUGGUAAAUGUCCAACAGUCGACAAAGUGGAUGUGCAGCCAAUCUUGCUCACCAAAGGUGACACUAAGCUCGCAUUGUACGGGCUUGGAAACAUAAGAGAUGAGCGAUUACAUAGAAUAUGGAGAAACAAAGAUGUACGAUUUAUUCGACCGGCAGAGCAGAUUGACGAAUGGUUCAAUCUACUUGUCCUCCAUCAGAACAGAAUCAUGCAUAGCAGUACGAAUUAUAUACCCGAAGCAUUUUUGGAUGAAUUUCUGGAUCUGGUCAUCUGGGGUCACGAACAUGAAUGCAAGAUUGAUCCCUCAAGUGAAGGUUAUCAUUUUCAAAUAUCUCAGCCUGGUUCAUCUGUGGCAACUAGUUUAUCCGAAGGCGAAGCUCGACCCAAACAUGUUGCUAUAUUACAGAUCAACAAAUUGGAGUUCAGUAUGGAGAAAGUCCGUCUAAAGACAGUUCGACCGUUCCAGAUGGCAGAGGUGGUUUUGAACUCGGUCGAAGGCUUGGCGCCAUCCGACAUGAAGAAAUGUCACCAGUAUCUGGUCGAAACAGUGGACGAGCUUAUCCGAAAAGCUGAAAUCGAAUGGGAAGAAGUUCAUGCUGAUACCACUGAUGUCCCUCCGAUGCCACUACCUUUAAUACGUUUGAGAGUUGAAUAUACAGGAGGCUAUGAAGCAUUCAAUCCUCAUCGUUUUGGACAGCAAUUCGUCGACAAAGUUGCCAACCCCAAGGAUGUCCUCAAGUUUUAUCGCAAACGAAAAGCUCCUGUACAAACGGGUCGGAAGUCGCAGACGUCGCUUCCUGCGCUCAACGAUCUGGAUGCCGCCAUACCUGAACGACUUGAUCUGGUCAAGGUGGAAGACCUUGUGCAACAGUUUCUCACUGAUCUAGAUGUUCUUCCCGAAAAAGAGUUUGAAGAUGCUGUUAAAAUGUUCAUAGAUAAAGACGAUCGAGAUGCUAUCAAAGAAUUUGUGGACGGAUCAGUUAAUCGACUUUGCACCAGUUUGGAGACAACCGAAGCUUCGAAUGAGGAAGAAUUGAGGCUUCAAGCCAACAGAGACAAAACGAGAAGGGCGGAAGCGUACGCGAGAGAAAAUGCUGCCGGUGACAGGGUCCUUAUGGCGAAAAGAAAGUAUGUCGCUGAUGAAGAUGAUGAACGUGACGCAUCGGAUGAAGAACGGCCGCGACAAACUUCAGCAAAACGAGGUCGUACCGGUGGAACCAAGACAGCGGCAGCUUCAUCGUCGACUCGAGCAAGAGGUAGGGGACGAGGGCGUGGUCGCGGUCGAGGACGAGGCUCGUCAAAUGCAGCAGAACCAAUACAUAUGGACGAAGAAGAAGAUCACAUCGAACAAUAUAACUCGGAUGACCCAUUAUUUAAUUCACCAUCCCCUCCACCUACCAGGAAGCCACGGCAAACUAAGCUCACAAAUCGUAACCCAAAGACAACAGAUGUUCCUAAACCUACGGCUGAAGCAUCUACAUCCUCCAUCGGGAUCACCAGCCACCGCCGCAGCCCACCAGCAAGAGUCACGGAUCCAAGCUCGGCCAUUAGGCAAGCACCACCGCCACCAGCCGCAGCCGCAAAGCCGCAGCAAGCCAUUGCUCUUGAUGACAGUGACGACGAUAUGUUUGGAUUACUCUCCGAUCCAGAUGUAACCGGGUCGCAAGUCAUUUCGCAAAGUCGCCGACGUCGAGGUUAGAUGACAUGUGAACGUGUGUAAUGACAGCAGGACUGGUCAGAACGUAGUGAUAUCAUAACAUAAUGUACCGAUUGUAUCAAAUCCUCUUCACGGCACGCUUUUGGGUGGACCGUGUAAAUGAAAGUUUUUUUUCGUCAUCUUUACGAACUCAUUCACCCAAUGAUACUCUUGUCACACUCAUAUUCUGGGUCAUAGAAAUAAUUUAUUGUGCAAUGAGAAAAUCAAUAAUACAGAGGAGCUAAGAAUAAAUAUGUACAUCCGCGUGUUU